AUGGUCGAGGAAGAAGGCAAUACCCACGUUUUGGUGUGCCUUGACCACGCUACACGCUACGUCAACGGAUCAGCUGUCCCCAACACGGUUUCCAUUUACUACAUCAAGUUCCUGACGAAAAGAUGGAUCCCCAGAUUGGGGGUACCGGAAAUGAUCAUCACAGACCAAGCAAGAGGAUUUGUGAACCGAAACAAGGAAAUAAUUCAUCGACCUCUCGGUGUGACACACACCAGAUCUCCACCAUAUUGGCCGGAAGCAAACGGUCUUAUCGAAAGAAUGGUAGGAACAAUCACGGAGGUCCUGCGAAAACUUGUGGACAAUCGUCCCAGCUGGCAUAUCGUAUUGCCAGAUGCAGUAACCGCUGCCAAUGUCACAAGACAGAGCUCAACGCUAUACAACCCUUUAUGGCUAAUUCACGGGAAUGAUCCCGAACUUACAGGCGAACUAAAUGUUGGAAGCGUUGAUGAUGACUUCACCGAAACCGAAAAAUUGCUCAACCUUGUCAGGAGCCGAAGCGUUGCAAAGCUCAGUUUGGAUAAUAGCCAAACGCUGGCGAAAGUCUGGUACGAAGCCGACGUGAAGGCACCUUCUUUUAACGUCGGCGACUUCGUAUACUGCAGCAAAGGAUCUCGGUGUGGAACCCUGGACUCUUUAUUUGAAGGGCCGUACAAAAUCGCACAAUUCAACGACAGAAAUACUGUGUUGCUGAAAAGAGCCGUCCCCAUAGAGGACAGAUCUAACUCAAGAUUAGUUAAUUUACAAAAGCUACGAAGGUGUGUCGCAAAAGAUAUCGAGCCAGUCAAGCUAUCAGACACUACAAUAGGACAGGCGCUAGCAAACCAAGUGGAAAAGAAUCGCUGUAAAACACGCUCAACUUUCCAGAGGGAUCUCCCGAUGGUGUUGAAGAACCAGCUGGUUCAGCGCACAACGGAGAUGAAUUGGACGCAGUAA